CAGCAGCAGCAGCAGCAAGCCACCAGCCCACCACUCAUUGUCAUCAAGUCGCCGACCUGUUCGCCGCCAUCGCCGUCCGAGUCCUCUUCAUCGGGAUCUAGCACCGAGACGGAAAUGUCUGAUCGUAGAGAGAAGCGUGAGGGGGGAUCGAGCGGGAAGAGCGCGAGCUCGAAGGGGAAUUCGAAGGCUAGCAGUAGCGUGAAGACGGGGGGGAAGAAGGCGCAAAAGGAUGAUUGGAGUGGUGUGAAUGAGCCGGAUGAGAGGAGGAGGAUUCAGAAUCGGUUGGCGCAGAGGAAGUUUCGCGAAAAAGCAAAAGACCAAAAGGAAUCCCGCGACCGCGACGCAGAGAACCAGCUCCACGCGGGCUACUCCUACACCAGCCCCGACCCGGACGACCUCGGUCUCGAGUCCGAUCUCUCUGGUCUCCCCUGGGGUGGACCGAGCAUGCGCCAUAUUGUCGAGAGGGGCAAGGCGACGCAGGGGGGCUCGAGGCAGGGGAGUCGCGAUUAUAGUUUCUAUGAGUAUGAUGGAGCUGGGAGGGGGGGGAGCGGGAAUAGUCGGGGGAGCGAUUCGAGAUAG